UCCAUCCACUCUAUCGAUCAUCUUCCUCUUAACUUCUACCGCCACAACUACCCUUUGACUCCAUGACACGCAUCAUCCAAUCUUCCCCAGAAUAACAAACUCAACAUCCAUAUUCCUAAACACAACAACAAUAUCAGCAAUGAUUCAUCAUCCACAACUACACACCACCGCCAUUCCUCCCUCUCUCCGCAUGACGUCAUCACCGUCCACCGCCUUCCGCCACCUCUUCCGUCACCUCUCCGUCCGCCGCCCUCCGUUGCCGUCACUCCGGUUAACAUCCGCCGUUACCGUUAGGGCUUUCUCUUCCGACGAAACGAACACCGAGAUUCCGAUCAACGGCGAGAAGGUUGUUAAUAAGCCUCCGAUUUGUACUGCGGAUGAGUUGCACUAUGUUUCUGUUAAGAAUUCCGACUGGCGACUUGCGUUGUGGCGGUAUUGUGCUUCUCCUCAGGCGAUAUCGAGGAAGCAUCCAUUGUUGCUGUUAUCAGGCGUUGGAACAAAUGCGAUCGGAUAUGAUCUGUCACGUGAGUCUUCGUUUGCUCGCCAUAUGUGUGAACAAGGAUUCGACACCUGGAUUCUCGAGGUUCGAGGAGCCGGUUUAAGCAUGCAAGCUACCAAUCUCAAAGAGAUCGAACAAUCAGCCCAUGAAAUAUCAAAUCAAAUGGAAGCUGUAGCUUCAUCUGAAUCUCUAAACAUUAAUGGAACUGUCACAAUAGAAUCAAAGGCUUAUAGAACUAACCAACAACCAACUGUACUCGAGGAAUCAGUACUUGUCACCAAGUUAACCGAAACACUAAUAACCCUGUCUAACAGAGUAUCUGGCUUUCUUAGUGAAAGUCAAUCAAGACUAAUUUCCGCUAAAUUAUUUGACCAAUUUUCAAAGUUGGUAGGAGAUUCUUUUCUAGCAGAACGAUUUAAUGAAAUAAGAAACAACAUUUUAAGUUUGUUGGAAGGAAGACAAGACUCUGGUGCUGUGAACCAAAUAAGGGAUUUAAGUCAAAAGCUGAUUAAUAUUAUUGAAGAAGGUCAACGUCCUGUUUCACCGCCUUUGUUUGACUUGCAAGGAUGGUUGAAUGCAACCAUGGAAGAUUUCCAGAAGCAGUUGGAUAUGAUUGUCAAAUUCAAUUGGGAUUUCGAUCAUUACCUUGAAGAGGAUGUUCCUGCUGCGAUGGAAUAUAUAAAGGCUCAUACUCAACCCGAGGAUGGUAAAUUGGUUGCUGUUGGACACUCCAUGGGUGGCAUUUUACUAUAUUCAAUGCUGUCGCGAUAUGGUUCUGAAGGAAGGGAUCCAGGGUUGGCAGCGGUUGUUACUCUGGCAUCUUCACUUGACUACACGUCUUCAAAGUCAACACUUAAAUUACUCUUACCGCUUGCAGAUCCUGCACAAGCCCUAAAUGUGCCCAUUGUUCCUUUAGGGGCAAUGCUAACAGCUGCUUAUCCUUUUACAUCUCGUCCUCCUUAUGUAUUAUCGUGGCUCAAUCAUAUGAUAUCAGCAGGAGAUAUGAUGCAUCCAGAUUUAUUAAAAAAACUGGUUUUGAACAACUUUUGCACGAUACCUGCUAAACUCUUGCUACAGCUGGCAUCUGCUUUGAGAGAGCGUGGUUUAUGUGACAGAAGCGGGACAUUUUUCUACAAAGAUCAUAUUAAUAAAAUCAAUAUUCCAGUUUUGGCUAUUGCUGGUGAUCAAGAUGCAAUAUGUCCCCCAGAAGCUGUACAAGAAACGGUGAAGCUGAUUCCUGAGAAUUUGGUUACCUAUAAACUUUUCGGUGAACCGGAUGGCCCGCAUUAUGCCCAUUACGAUUUGGUUGGGGGCCGACUGGCUGUGGAUGAAGUAUAUCCCUGUGUUAUAGAAUUUUUAAGUGUUCAUGACCAGAAGUAAUGUAAUUAUGUAUUUAUGAAGUAAUGUAGAUAGCCUCUGAAUUAUUGUAAUAGUAAGGUGUUGUAUAAAACCAUUUCAGUGUUUUUUUGUUAAAAUUAUUUUGAUAUGUUAAACAAUUUGCAAUCAAUGUACUUCAUAUGUUACCGUUAA